AUGAAUUCUCAUAGUACUCAAAUCCUCACUAAUAAAGUCGAACUUGACAAUAAGGUAGAACCUCAUAUUUCAGUUGAAGAUAGGAUUUCUAGAAUUUUUAAGAAUCCAAAAAUAUACGCACUUUCUUUUAAUUAUGAUGAUGCAGCAAACUCUAAAAGGACAGUUCUUGAGAGUACUAACUGUACUAAUGGCUUUGCAGCUGCUAUUUUCCAUGCCUAUAACUAUCACAAACAUUUACGUUUAAGACCUGAUGAUGUUUGGCUUACUAUUGCUCAAGGCGUUAGUCAUCAUAUUAAUAAUAAUUCUGAAAAAUUCCGUGACAAAUUUGUUAAACAUGAAGGAAAAAAAGAAAUUGACGUUUUUGUUGGCGAUAUCUUAUCUGGUAUUACUCUUGAAGGUGAUUGGCAGGAAGCUGUAAAUAGACUUGUCAGGAAAACUGAUGAGAAUGUAGAAAAAAUUGAACUUAAAGAAUUAUUAGAAUGUGAUUUUUCAACAACAACUCCAAGCAGCUUAACAGCAAGUCGUAUCGUAUUAUUAGAUACAGUUAAAGCAUACUUUGAUUAUAAGUUCUCAACUCUUUGUGGAAUUCCAAAAGUUACACUUGAGGGAACUAUCGAAGAUUGGAAUAAGCUUCAAGAAAAAGUUAUUCAAUUAAGAAAAUUAAAUUUAGAGCUCGAUUUUUGGUUAGAUCGCCUUGAACCUGUGAUUCGGAAAUUAGUAGCAACUUACCGUGGCGAUGUUGACGAGGAUUUUUGGGGUAGAAUAAUAAACAUAAAUAGAGUAUUCGGUUCAGGAGGAGGUACUUUUAUCUCAGGAUGGAUGUUAGCUUUCUUUCCUUAUAAUCGUUCAGGAACGCCUUUUCCAUACGAUGAUGUAGAAAUUCCUGACCUUCCAGAUGGCAUGGUUGAUGUUCCUUUUACUAUUGAUACUGGUUAUUCUUUAAAAUUUAUAGCUGGUUUUGUCGGUGCUAAUCAAGAGAUUCUUGAAAAUUCUAAUGAAUCGGUUGUUUCUCCUGUGAUUGGAUGGUUUAUUACUGAUAACGUAGAUGAUCCUUCCAAGAAAAGUGACUUUUUGUGA